AUGGAGCACGCAGAAGCGAUCGUGAGUCUCCUAGAUUCAUGCUGGUUUGAGCAGGAGAUCUUCGCGAAGAGGGCUCCUACGUCGUCAUCUGGGUCGAUUGUCCUAGAUCGGGAUCAAGAAGUCACAGAGCGAUCAUCGGAAUCAAGAAUUGAAGAGAUCACCCGGGUCUCGUCGGCCCUAUCGAGGUCCAUGAGCGACCAGCUAAGCUUGCGGGCGAGCUUACUGUCGGAUUCGCCAUCGCCCAACUCGGUCCUUCGACCGCUGGCCCAUCUCCACCCGGUUGAGUCCGGGAAGGAGAUCUCAGAGGAAGCUUUAUCCGGAUUCCAGAAACAGGGGACUGGUGUAUCUGUGAAUUCACGGCAGAGCAAGAGGUGGGACGACCGGAGGAGGAUGAAGAACAAGAAGGCUCUCAGCAAGAGCCUGUCGGAUCUCGAGUUCGAGGAGCUAAAAGGGUUCAUGGAUCUUGGGGGUCAAGGUAGAGGUUUGAAGGUCUCGAAGGGAGCUCUCGUGCUGAUGAUGAGGGUGUUACAAGAGCAGUUAUAUGUUUAG